AUGGAGGACGCUGACCUGCUCAUCCAGCUAGAGACCUUCGAGGAGGCCAAGGCAGAGGACGAGGAGGAGCUGCUGCGUGUGUGGGGGGGCGUGGACAUGAGCAGCCACCAGGAGGUCUUCGCCUCUCUGUUCCACAAGGUGAGUUGCUCACCGGCAUCUGCCCAGCUGCUGUCGGUGCUGCAGGGCCUCCUGUACUUGGAGCCCGGCCGCCAGGCCAGCCAGUUGCUCUGGGAAGCGUUGGAGAACCUGGUCAACCGCGCAGUCCUGCUGGCUAACGAUGCCCAGGAGUGUACCCUAGAGGAGGUGGUGGAGCGGCUCCUGUCCACCAAGACCCGGUCCCAGCCUCGCUCCCUGGACCAAGCCCACAAGGGCGUCCAGGCCGACCUGGGCACUUCUGGGGUGCCAGCCCCAUCAUCAGUGGAUGGCAUCGAGGAGAUCAUUGUGGCCCAGGUGGACCACAGCCUGGGCUCAGUCUGGGUGCCCAGCCACCGGCAAGUGAACCCUCCCUCACUGCGGAUGAAGAAGCUCAACUGGCAGAAGCUGCCAUCCAACGUGGUGCGGGAGCGCCACUGCAUGUGGGCAUCACUGGGCAGCCUGGGCGCAGAGGCCGUGCAGCCUGACUUCUCCAGCAUUGAGCAGCUCUUCUCCUUCCCCGUGGCGACCAAGCCAAAGGAGACGGCGGUUGCCUCCGCCAGGAAGGAGCCCAAGGAGAUCACAUUUCUCGAUGCCAAGAAAAGCCUGAACCUGAACAUCUUCCUGAAACAGUUCAAGUGCUCCAACCAGGAGAUCGUGGCCAUGAUCCGUGCUGGGAACACCACCAAGUUUGAUGUGGAGGUCCUGAAACAGCUGCUCAAACUCCUCCCUGAGAAGCAUGAAGUUGAAAACCUGCAGUCAUUCAAGGGGAACCAGGACAAGUUGGCCAGCGCUGACCAGUUCUACCUGCUCCUGCUGGGCCUUCCUUGCUACCCGCUGCGGCUGGAGUGCAUGCUGCUGUGUGAGGAGACGGCCAGCGUGCUGGACAUGGUGCAGCCCAAGGCACAGUUGGUGCUAGCCGCCUGUGAGGGCCUGCUCAACAGCCACCGGCUGCCCAUCUUCUGUGAGCUGAUCCUCAAGAUCGGAAACUUUCUCAACUACGGCAGCCACACCGGUGACGCCGAUGGCUUCAAGAUCAGCACGCUGCUGAAACUCACGGAGACCAAGGCGCACCAGAGCCGUGUGACACUGCUGCACCACGUGCUCGAGGUGGUGGAGCAGAGCCACCCCGACCUCCUGCAGCUGCCACAGGACCUGGAGAAGACCUCCCAGGCCGCGGGGAUCCACCUUGAGGUCAUCCGCGCCGAGGCCAGCACCAACCUGAAGAAGCUUCUGGAGACAGAGCGGAAGGUGUCCACCUCCAUCACGGAGGUGCAGGAGCAGUUCGCUGAGCGCCUGCAGGCCAGUAUUGCGGCCUCGCGGGAGCUGGGCGAGGUGUUCGAGGCCAUCGAGCAGAAGAAGCUGGAGCUGGCCGACUACCUGUGCGAGGACGCCCAGCAGCUGUCCCUGGAGGACAUGCUCAACACCAUGAAGACUUUCCGGGACCUUUUCAUCCGAGCCCUUAAGGAGAACAAGGACAGGAAGGAGCAGGCAGCUAAGGCGGAGCGUCGGAGGAAGCAGCUGGCAGAGGAGGAGGCUCAGCGGCCACGGGGAGAGGAUGGGAAGCCUGUCAGGAGCAGCAGCGCCAGACAGGAGGAGGUCUGCGUCAUUGACGCCCUGCUGGCCGACAUCAGAAAAGGCUUCCGGCUGCGGAAGACGGCCCGGGGCCGGGCAGACGUGGAGGCCGGGGGCAGGCUUGCAGCAGCCCCCCCAAGGGACCAGGAGCCUGUGGCCCCCAGUGAGCCCCCGAGAGGCCCUGGCUGCCCAGCCCCCAAGGCAGGCCUCCCCUCUGAAGCCUCCUCAGAGCCUCGGGGAUGGGACCUCUCGGAUGCCCAGUGCGCCCCGGAGGGCCAAUCCGAGAGGCGCUCUUCCUGGUACGCGGAUGCCAGUGAGUCCCUGAGCACCGGAGACCCUCAGGGUCCCCAGCCUUCUGCAGGGCCCUGGCCAGUGGAGCUCGGGGACUCUCAGGCCCUGAAGCCCCUCAAGUUCUCGUGGAACCAAGCUCCCAGCCAGCCAGCCUCAGACCAAGGAACCUGGGACCUCACUGCCCCUCUGGGUGCCUGCCAGGCCGAGGCUGACAGCACCAGCCAGCAGCACGGGGACGCCAGCGGCCCCAGCACUGGUCUCCCGGAUGGGGGUGGGGACGAGGAGGACACAGCCCCAGAGUCGGCGCUGGACACGUCGCUGGACAAGUCCUUCUCCGAGGAUGCAGUGACCGACUCCUCGGGGUCCGGCAGCCUGCCCAGGACCCGAGCUCGGAGCUCCAAGGGCAGGCGGAGGUUAAAGCGACCCUCAAGGACACAGGACGGCCCCAGGCUCAAGCCCAAAGCCAAGUGAGCGGCCAGAGGGCUGCCUGGCUUCGCCUCAGAUGGACGUGCUGCUGGGACCAGCACCAGUGCCUUACCCAGCAGCGCCAGUGGGACCCCCGGAUCAUCAAAGUGCAGCGGGGGACCCCGGCAGACACCCCCCAGCCCAGCUUCCCCUGCAUGCAUGUGACCCCGUGCUGCAGGGGUCAGGCACCCUCCAGCCUCUCUCCCCGAUCCUGCCAUAGCCAUGCUUCCCUGCACCCCCGGGACACCCCUGCUUCUGAGACUGAGACACGGUCCUCGCUGCCCACCGCCCCAGGACCCUGGGAACCCGAGAGAGCCCCCACCCAGCUCACCUCCCAGCUUAGCUGGGCACAAGCAAUCUGGAGCCCCACUGCCCAGGUGGCUGAGGGACUAGGUGGGUUGCAGAAGGGGGGAAUCCCAUCCUUAUGUAUCUAGGAGGUAAGGGUACACAGCCAGAACUGGCCUCACCAGCAGAAAGCUCCCUGCAGCUGCUGCCCCCAACACUAGAGGGGGUUGGAUCCCAGGGCCUGGCCUGGUGGUAACCCAGGAACAAGAAGGAACCAGCCAGAGAGCCCUCACUGCCCAAGGAGUGUGUGCCCUACCCCUGUCCCCUGAGUGUUCGGCCCCAGCACCACCUGGAUGGGGUGCCAGCAGCCACCUUCCGCAAUAAAGAGCAUGCCUCCCCA